GCUCCGGCUCCGGUACCUGCCAGCCAGGGCUCCGCGGGACCAGGGUCCCGCACUGGGCCUUAGUCCCGAGCCAGGCCAGCCACGCCGCCUGGGGACGGCCCCACCUCCGGACCCCCUUCCUCGGCGACUCACCUCGGUUUCCUAAACCGGGCCCUGGGACCCGCGCGACCCUUAGGGACCCAAACCGGUCCGCCUCAGGCACGAGAAAACGGCUCCCCGGACCAGACCCCUCCUCAGCGUCGGGAUCCUCACUUCACGGACCGCUCCCCGCCCCCACCGCAUGGGUGGACCCAGCCCAGCGAGCAGCUUCCUCAUCUCAUGAGCUGGUGCCUCCUUUCCAGGACUGUUCCCACCCCCCAUUUCACAGGCUGGCACCCCCACUCCGGGGAGAGCCCCUCCAAGACUGUCCCUUUCCUGUCCUGGGUUAGAUUCGCAAGCUGGAGGUGAGCUUGCCAGGACCACACCCCCAUUUCAAAGACAAGUGCCCCAAGUGCUGCCCACCAAUCCCCACAUCACCCCCUUCGCCUGCCUGCCUGCUCUCCUUCCCCACCGUGUGGUCCAGCCCCUCCCCCUUCGUAUGUAAGCCGAGAAGGGCCGGCUGGGGGUUACGAUUUGGCCCCCACCCCCAGAUCCUGGUCAGACGCCAGGGGAAUGCGGUGGGAAGGGGCCUCCAAAGGUACGGCCGUGUCUGAGCUCAUCCUGCCUGGCAGUCUCCCUGCCCCCCAGACAGGUGCUGCUGGGAGCCCAGCAGACGCCCUGCUAGCAGACUUGGAGUCUACCACCUCCCACAUCUCCAAACGGCCUGUGUUCCUGUCCGAGGAGCCCCCUUACUCCUACCCAACUGGAAACCAUACCUACCAGGAGAUUGCUGUGCCGCCCCCUGUCCCCCCACCCCCGUCCAGCGAGGCCCUCAAUGGUGCAGUCCUUGACCCCUUAGACCAGUGGCAGCCCAGCGGCUCCCGAUUCAUCCACCAGCAGCCGCCAUCCCCAUCGCCCGUGUACGGCUCCAGUGCCAAAACUUCUGGUGCCUCCAACCCCCAGGACGGCGUUGGUUCCCCGUGUUCUCGAGUAGGUGAAGAGGAACACGUCUACAGCUUCCCCAACAAGCAGAAGUCGGCUGAGCCUUCACCCACUGUGAUGAGCUCCUCCUUGGGCAGCAACCUUUCUGAACUUGACCGCUUGCUGCUGGAACUGAAUGCUGUGCAGCAUAACCCCCCAGGCUUUCCUGCAGAUGAGACCAACUCCAGCCCUCCAUUGCCCGGGGCCCUGAGUCCCCACUAUGGCAUCCCGGAGAACAACAGCCCUCUGGGGGGCAAAGCCGGGCCGAUGACAAAGGAAAAACCUAAACGGAAUGGGAACCGGGGCCUGGAGGAUGUGAGGCCCAGUGUGGAGAGCCUCUUGGAUGAACUGGAGAGCUCCGUGCCCAGCCCCGUCCCUGCCAUCACUGUGAACCAGGGGGAGAUGAGCAGCCCGCAGCGAGUCACGUCCAGCCAGCAGCAGACACGCAUCUCGGCCUCCUCUGCCACCAGGGAGCUGGACGAGCUGAUGGCCUCCUUGUCGGAUUUUAAGACCAGCUCCUCCACUGUGGCCCUGAGCUCCCUGGGGCCCAGCUCAGCUCCGUCCUCACACCAUACCCUUCCCCCUACUCCUUCUCCUCUUCCUGUGCCAUCUGCCUCCAGAUCCUCCUUCCCAGGCCAGGACCACACCCAGGAGGUCCUCUGCACUGAGCAACACGGUCGGGGCCAUCUGCCUUCUGGGGCUCCCAGCUGGCUUGAUUUGGCUGGCCUUGGGGUAACUCCUGAUUCCCCCAACUCAAGGCCUCCCUCUGCAGAGGGAUCCCUGGGGCCGUUUGGUGCCGAGAGCCAAGUUCGAGUCAGGAGGGACCUAUUGAAACCCACACAUGAGCUCUGUGGGGCUCUGUCCUGCCACACUCCACCCACUGCUAGGAGUGCAGAUUCCCUGGAGUUUGGAGACCCCCGGGGGCCACUGGCUAACCCUGUGUGUCCAGAGAAGGCCAUGGAUGCCAGUGGGGUGUGGCCAUGGGCUUUGGAGAUGUCUAGGCCCAAGACCACCCGCGGAGCUGCUUGCAGCUUCCAGGAAGUAACUGAGCCAGCUGUUGUGGCCAUGGACCGACAGGCCAUCUUCCCAGACACCUGGAGUCUCACAGAGGAGUGUGGCCAACAGAAGCAGAGGGUGAGGACACAACCCAGGGGGCUGGGGAGCAGCUGCCCUCCCCCUGUCGACGAGGAGCAGUUGGGUGGCAAGGUGCCCAAGUGGGUAAGCCUGGUUGGACCAUCCCAGGAACCUGAGACCCCAAGGAUCCCAAAGGGCACCACUGGAGAGACUGCUGAGGCCAGGAAGGAUCAAUCGGAGCUUCCACACGCCACGGUCCUGGGCACACCCAGCGCCACGGGGAGGAUUUCCACCUCUGGCCAGAUCCGUUCUGUGAUCAGGAGGAGCCGGGAGACAGGCCACGCACACCCCAUGUCCCGGGAGCCUUCCCCUCGCCGCCGGCUGGACCCUGCGACCCUGAGCAGGACCCCAUCCCAGGAGCGUCUCAUCGCAGAGCUGCAGGGUCGGCUGGGCAUCCAGCCGGAGGCAGAGGAGGCAGCAGGGGCCCCCGCCCAGGACUGGCUGACUGAGGGCAUCGUCAUCACCGUGCAGCCACGCGGGAGGCAGGCUGGGGGGCAGCUUGUAGAGAAGAUCCAAGGCCUGGAACAAAGAGUGGACGGAGAGCUGUGCUGGGCGGCCAGUUGGCCUCCGAACGGCCGGCAGAGCAGUCCGGAAGGGCAAGACGAGGGAGGGUUCAUGGCCCAGGGAAAGACGGGGAGCAGCUCACCCCCUGGGGGACCCCCAAAGCCCGGGAGCCAGCUGGACAGCAUGCUGGGGAGCCUGCAGUCUGACUUGAACAAGCUGGGCGUUGCCACAGUUGCCAAAGGGGUCUGCGGGGCCUGCAAGAAGCCUAUUGCCGGGCAGGUUGUGACCGCCAUGGGGAAGACGUGGCACCCCGAGCACUUCGUCUGCACUCACUGCCAGGAGGAGAUCGGAUCCCGGAACUUCUUUGAGCGGGACGGACAGCCCUACUGUGAAAAGGACUAUCACAACCUCUUCUCCCCACGCUGCUACUACUGCAACGGGCCCAUCCUGGAUAAAGUGGUGACAGCCCUUGACCGGACGUGGCACCCUGAGCACUUCUUCUGUGCCCAGUGUGGAGCUUUCUUUGGUCCUGAAGGGUUCCACGAGAAAGACGGCAAGGCCUACUGCCGGAAGGAUUACUUCGACAUGUUUGCGCCCAAGUGCGGCGGCUGCGCCCGGGCCAUCCUGGAGAACUACAUCUCGGCCCUCAACACCCUGUGGCACCCCGAGUGCUUUGUGUGCCGGGAGUGCUUCACGCCGUUUGUCAACGGCAGCUUCUUUGAGCACGACGGGCAGCCGUACUGUGAGGUGCACUACCACGAGCGGCGCGGCUCGCUGUGCUCCGGCUGCCAGAAGCCCAUCACGGGCCGCUGCAUCACCGCCAUGGCCAAGAAGUUCCACCCCGAGCACUUCGUCUGUGCCUUCUGCCUCAAGCAGCUCAACAAGGGCACCUUCAAGGAGCAGAACGACAAGCCCUACUGUCAGAACUGCUUCCUCAAGCUCUUCUGCUAGGCCCGCCUGGCCAUCGCCCCCAGCCCAGCAUCCCCGACUGCUACUGUGACCCAGAGACCUCGCCCAGGGGUGAGGGGCGAACGACCGUGACUGGAACUGGAACGCUCAUCCUCAGCUGGGGCAGGAUGGGAGGAGCCAGGAGGGCGCCUGCCUGCCUCUCCUUGCCCCUGCCGGGACCUCUGGGCCUCCUUCUUCCUCCUGUGGAGCUCCCCAGGUGCCCACCCUGCACCCCUCCCGGAGGUGGAGGUUGGGGCCCAUCCUACACCACAUGCCGUCCCCAUGGACCGGCCUGGCUAGGCCAGCACCCCACACUGGAGCCAUCUCUUACUUGUAUUUUGGUAGUGGAGUUGGAGCAGGGGGUGGCAGGCAGGGUCAGAUGGGGCAUCUCUUUAUCCUUGUCUGCCCCUCACCCCAACCUGACUAUCCUGGUGAGAGUGUUGGGGGAUCCCCAGCUCUCUCCAGACAAUGCCAGCAUCGAUCCAUCCCUCCAGGGCUGGAAGCGCCCACGGAGCCACGGGAGGUUCCUCGUGUCCUUCCCGCCCUUCUGUCUCCCCAGGCCGGGGUGACUGCUCCCCACCUCCCUGUGCCCUUUUGUAACUGCUCUGGUCCUACUGAGAAAGGCCUGUCCAGCAAUAAUAACAUUUUAUAGCCACUCCCUCUGUCCUGGGACGGCCGGCGUGAGGUGGGAGCACCGGCAGUCCUGGACACUGUAUCUGCCGACUUUGAUAGAUUUCUACACUGAGGUUUGAAUUCUUAAUCUCCCGAGUUGCUUUUACUUCUCUAUACAAAAUGAUUUUGAAGAGAUUUUAAAGAUGUUCCCUUUUGUAGUCUCCUCCUUGUCCACCGCCACUGGGCCCGUCGGCACCGGGGCUCUGGAUUGGGAGUUUGCUUUGUACUGAGGGCUUGGGGUGGGGAAGCAGUUUGUAUUUUAUUUUUUCUUAGCACAAGCAGGUGAACUUGGGAGCAGCUCUGCACCUCCCCUUCUUUGCCUUCACAGCUCACCAGGACUGUUUUAUAAACUGCUGUAUUUUGAAACCCUUUCUGUAACUGCCCGGGCCAGUGAGCUCUUGGCUAAAGCUGGCCUCAGGGUGCCUGGCCCUUUGGGACCUGAACUUCUGAACCUCAUCUGUCCUAUUCCUGGGGGAAGGGAAGGGAGGCACACCCUGGUGGGCUGCUCCCUGUGCGAGUAAGCCGCGAGGAGCAUCCGCUCCCCCAUGGAUGCUGUGGCCGCAAGGAGAACCCCCAGCAGUCACUCCCGGCCCCCUCACCACCUCUGGGCUCUUGUGCGUCCUCAGCAGAGCUGGAGUCUGAUUUUGACUUUAAAGAUCACAAGGCUCUCUUGGGUCUUGGUUCCACUGGGGCUUCCCUCCCUGGAGUCUGGGUAGGGGUUUCUCCCCUUUUACAGGUGAGGCCGGCUCUCAGCUGGUCGGUCUGAGGAGCAGGUCCCAGGUAGUUGUUGCACAGGGGCCUGAUGGGAUUUGGGGCAGAGGGAAAGGACCCCACUGGAGGCACAGAAAGCCCCCAGAGCUGUCCUUCCCACAGCUGAAGCAGGAGCAGCCAGGCCCAGGCUUCUUGGUCAAAGGAAAGAGACCCCGGAGGGUCUACAGUGGGGAGAUGCAGACCAAACCAUGAGUCUCGAGCAGAGGCUGAGUGCACGGGGGUCUCGGGAGACACUGCCUCCUUUGUGGCCGAGGUGUGGGGAGGUGAGCUUGGUUCCCCCAAAGGUCGGCUGUCUCCACUUCCACCCGCGGGCCUUACGCUCUGUUUACAGUGACCCAUCCUGGGCCCUUCCCCGAGAGGGGCUGGGGCUUCUGUGCUCUAUCCCCCCCACCCCGAGUCAAUGGUUACCUGAUGAUUUGACUUCAAUCUUUUUAUCCUGUGUAAACUUCUAAUCUGGCUUUUCCCAUUUCAAUUCUUGUGAUGUAUGCCAAUAAAGUUUGCCAUUAUUUUCAA